UCAUCGGUUACAUCUGGUAAUUUUUGCCAUUAAAACUCAUUAUAAAGAGCAAUGGCGUCUGUUAGUUGCUUUCCAGAUUUCGCCGUUGUUUGCUCGUUUUUAGAGCGAUAUGGCGAACAUCUGCAGCUACCGGAGGUCACCAUUACGGAUCUGGAAACAGCCAUCGGCUAUGCCCACUGUGUUCCGCCGUUGCUGAAGGACAUCAUCAUCAAACUAAUGAGAAAGACGAGAAAGUCAUUCUCACUGGAGAAAUGGCAGCGUUACCUUGCAAAGAUGUGUCGAGAGCGAUUCUCAGAAGUGGCUGCCUGGGAGGUAGAGAGGUUUGGCUUCGCAGCCAGCAAACCUCAGAUCAAGAUUGCUGUACUCAGAUUUCUCUGUGAGAGCCAGUUUGAUGAAAACUUCAAGUUUAAGGCCAUCGUCAACGAGGAAGACCCGGAGAAGAUGCGAGCAGAGCCCAUGGGACGCGACAAGAUGGGUCUGGUGUACUGGUUCCACAAGGAUGAGGACACAAACAUCAGGAUCUACCGGGAGGAACAAGACGAUCAGGAUAGCUCAACUUGGGAGGUGAUCUCAAACGAUCGGGAGCAGAUGGAGAACCUGAUCCGAGCCCUGCGGAGCGGUACCAACGUUGUGGCCGGCCAGGGGAAAGAGGAAGACACUGAGUCGACUUCCAGCUCAGACAGCAGCUCUGCCAAGAUGGAUGCUACUAACAAAACGGAAGCUGAAGAACAGGCAGCCAGCGACCAAGAAUCUGCCGGUGCAAAACAAGACAAGGAGUCAACUGGACAGGAAUGCAAAGAAAAAGUGGACAAGCUGGAAGAGAACAAAGACGAACCAACAGAUGGUAGUUCUGAGGUUAAAGAUGAGAAGAGGACGGUGGAUCAAAAAGAUCAGACUAAAGCUGAGUCCAGAAAAGAUGAAGAUACGAAAGAGAAAGUUAACAUCAAGACAGAAAUUUCAGAGGAGCAGGAAAUAGAAAAAGAAGUCAAAGAUGAACCAAGCGGGACUGAUGAUGUCAAGGCCAAGAUGGAAGUUGAGGAUGUGGCAAGGCCCACAACAGAGGACAAAGAUGCAGUGAAACAAGUGAAGGACGAAGGGGUCAAUGAUGAAAAGGAAAGUUCUAAGGAGAUCGCACAGUCCUCACCAAAGGUUGAAUGUAAGGAAGAGAAAGAGAUGACAGAUGGGGAGUCUAAGGAUGCAGAGAUUGGAGAGACUGAACCAAAGGAAGUAUCUGAGAUGGAUGGCAGCAAGGAGAAGAAGAAAGAUGAAGAUGAGCCAAGAGGUGGUGAUGAUGGAGGAAAGGGUGAAAAGAAAAGUAAAGAGCCUGAGGAUAAAGAAGUUGCUGGUGAGGGUACAGAUGAUGCAAAGUCUGAACCAACCCUUACGAAAGACGGUGUCAAAGAAGCCACCGAAUCAAAGAGCAAGGAGAAAACAGCAGAUAAUGGGGAUGCAGGAGAGAAAGAACAAGACGAAGAGCAGCAAGAAGAGCCGGAAGAUGAUGCGGAAGAGGAAACCAAACCUGCCGCCAGGCCGAAGAAGGUCGGAAAGAAGCGCAAGAAGAAAAGCGCCCGAAGCCGGUUCACACCUCGGCGGAACGCCUCCCGGAAGGCGGCCGUCAAGAUCGAAGAGGAGAUGAAGGAGGAGGUUGAGGAGCAAGAGGAGCAAGAGGAAGAAGAAGGUUAUGAACCUGCUGGAGAGGAUGACAGUCCUUGCUGCAAAUGUGGAAUGUACAACCAUCCUGAAUGGAUACUCCUGUGUGACAAGUGUGACUCGGGUUACCACACGGCCUGUCUACGUCCCCCUCUCAUGAUCAUACCGGAAGGCAACUGGUAUUGUCCUAGCUGCGAACAUGAGAAACUCAUCAUGAGGCUCGCAGAGACGCUUACCGAAGUGGAUGCCAGUCUGAAGAAGAAAGAGAGAAAACGGAAACGUAAAGAUGGUGAUAGUCUCUGGGCGCUCACUGAUAUCUGCAUGCGCAACAUCAUUCCAGGGGAGGUGAUCAAAGUCAGGAAGCAAAGGCACGCUAUAGCUCUGCGACACACGUCCUCCAGCUUCCGACGGAAACAGAAGACCUCCCAAGAUGAACCUCGCUCACACCACCACAAACGACACCACCACCAGCGCCAUCAGCAGCGACAGAGACGAACGCGACGCUCCUUUGACAAGGAACGACAACAGAGGCAGAGCCGGCGAGACCGGGAGUUCAUCAACGACAACGAAGAUGAAGACGACGAGGAAGAACAGUUUGAGAUGAUCCAGCGACGCUCUCGACGGGCAAGGAAGGAGAUCAGCUACAAGUUUGAAGACUUUGAUACAGCCAUCAACUCGGCAAUUCAGGAGGAGGUGGUUGAACACAAAAAAGCUGUCAAAGAGUACCAAGCCUCUCGUCCAGCCAACCGGGGCAAGGACAUCUCCACCAUCGAAGGCAUGAGGGAGAGCAGUGAAGACGAGACUAAGGAGGAGAAGACAAGACGGAAGAACAAGAGGCGACUGGGAGACCUGGAUGCCACGAGCGAAGACGAAGAGGAGGAAGGCAGUGACGAUUUCAAGGUGGAGAGCGAUGCUGCUAGUGACCAGGAAUACGAACAAGAAGAAGGAGAUGAAGAAGUAGAAGAUGACAGCUACGUGAGCGAAGAGAGCGACUCGGACGGUCCGCGAAGGAAACGCUCCAAGCGCAACUCCAAGUGGUACUGUCUCCCGAAAAGACGCAGCGAACGCCGACGCAAACGAGUCCGAUACCGAGACUACUCAGACGAUGAAGAGUUUGAAUCAGAAAGUGAGCAGUACAGUGAGUACAGUGAUGAGAGCGAUGCAAAGUCAAGGAGGAGGAAACGGGUGGAACGCCGACAAGAUUCUUCUGAAGAUGGCGAAUCAGAUAACAGCUCGUAUGAAUCAGACCAAUCAGGGAACUCACGGCGAAGGUUGAAAAAGAAGCGGCGGCUGGAGUCUGAAUCAGAGUCGUCAGAGAACACAGGCUAUGUUCGCAAGCGUAAGUUCCGGCUAGAGAGCGAUGAUGAUGAAGACGAAAACGAAGACAAGGCUGAGGAAAGGUCGGUUGGGAAGAAAGACCUUUCCAGUUCAGAGGAGGAUCAGGAAAGCGGACCCGUGGUUCGGAAAAAGACAGCACCUGUGGCGCGUCGCAAGAGGAAGAACUUUUCAGAGGAUAGCGAUUACAGCCCCAGUGGGGGGAAAGGAUCUAGGUCUUCAUCAAAACGUGUGGAUUAUAGGAAGAUGGUUGCUGAGAGCAAUUCGGAGGAGGAGGAGGAUGGUGAAGAAGAAGAUGACGAGGAGGAGGAAAACGAUGAUGAUGAUAAUGAGGAUGAGGGGGAUUUGGAAGAUAGUAAUGAUGAGGAAGAAAAGGAUGUAGAUAGGGACAUUAAGACCAAAGAGGGAGGUCUUAGGACGGAUCGAAAUACAACCUCUCUCGAAACCGAGGACUCAAACAAAGAGAACGAGCGUACCAAGCAGCCGUCGGCGCGGGAGACCAAAGCCAAGGCCCCCGUCAAAAGAGAGGAUUUCCCAACCAAAUCGGUCUCUCCUCCCGUCAGCAAUGGAACAACAUUGAAUGGUGGCAGAGGAGGCGGGAGCAUCGUCAACGGCAACAGUUCCUCGGGAAACGGGGAAGGCAUCACUACGGGUGAGGAGAUAGAUGAGGAUCUCCUGGGCGUGACGGAUCUGGUGGAGUAUGUCACUCAAGAUGUAUAAUAGUCUGUUCCAUCUGUGUUUCAUUUUUGUUGAGCUGUUUUUAUCCGUAGCUUUAAGGUUUAGUCUGGUGAAGUGGUUUAAAUCACGGAGCAGCCCCCGUAAACCUUCACGUGGGUUCUGUAGGACUUAGCCGUCAUUUUGCCCAAGGUGCUUCAUGUCCCUAGGAUCCAAAGGAUGUGUCAUGUUUUACUACACACGGAAUUGUAGGAGGGUUCGAGAAGUUUUUAACAGAAUAAUACCACUUAGUCUCAUGUAGUUUCAAUAUGUACAGCUGGUACUAUUUAUUCUAGCAUGAUGUACUGUACAUCAUUUCUUUUUCUCUGCCAAGUUUAUUUAUUGUUGUCAGCAAAAACCUUAGAAUGGAGUGCACAUUGGUUGGCCGGUCAUAUGUGGGCAAUGCCACGGUUACUCACAUUACAUUUUUGAUGUACUUUUGAGAUUCCUUGGGCUGUAAUUACCGUACUGAAAAGGUUU